UUGACUAAAUCUGAAUUACGUGAAAUGGUAAAGCUUGCAACAAUUGAUGAUUAUAUUGAUGAUCGUCUUGAUAAUUAUAUUGUAGACGAAGAAGCAAACAGAAAUAAUGAUAUAUAUGAAGGGGAUCUAAGUUUAUUAUCCCAGACUAAUUUAAUUUUAGAAGAUAUUACUAGUGUUGAAGAAAAUGUCAAUAUGAACUUUAAUCCUAAGGAUCUUGUUGAUUCUGUUUUAAAUGUUGAUUUGGAUUAA